AUGGUAAACUCAUAAUUAAUGAAAUUUGCAAAUUACAUAAGUACCCUUUUAAUAAACGUAACUGAGACAUUUGUGUAUAUAUGUUACAAAAUAUGCCAACAUAUCCAUUUGCUCGAAACAUUUAUUCUCUCUCUCUCUUAAAAAUGCCAAAAAUCUUGUGGAAAAGCCUCCAUCUUUGCUUCCCGUCGAAUCUCACCAAAUGCUAUUCUUCGCCGUGUAUUCCCCCGUCCUCCGCCGAUCAAGACUUUACCGACCAACCUAGCCGUCCCUCUAUCGUUCUCCUCAAUAACUUCAACCUCCUCUACCACCAUGACAACAACCAACACCACCGUGUCACUGACUUACCUUCCUCCUCUGCCACCACCACUCCGGCAGCCACCUCCUCGUCAUCCACGUCAUCAUAUGAAUCUGAUAUCUCUCCUGAUGUAUCCGCGGCUUUCGCUUCUCGUCGCUUCUUCUUCUCUUCCCCUGGCCGGUCCAAUGCAAUCACCGACUCACCAGAAACCCGGUCAAGAGAAUUCUCUGAUAACUACGAUAAUGCCACUAUCACGUCGACAAAGAAAAAGAAGAAGAAUUAUGAUACUACCGUGACUACUACUACGAGGCUUAUAAGCGGAGGAACCGCCGUGACUCAAAACGUGGACUCACCGGAUCCGUUAACGGACUUCCGGCGAUCAAUGCAAGAGAUGAUUGACGCCGCCAUUGACGCCGGAGAACUUAGCCGUGAUCCGAACGAUGGUUACGAUUUCUUGGAUGAGCUCCUACUCACUUAUCUCUCCUUGAAUCCAACCGACACACACAAGUUCGUCAUCAGGGCUUUCUCCGACAUAUUGGUCUCACUCUUGUCUGAAGAACGCCGAAUAUGCUGACGUGGCGGCAGCCGCCGGGAUAAAAACGCCCGUGUAUUGAAUGCAACACGUGACUAUUAGUUCAGUGAACCUAACUUUCUCUUUUUCCAUUGUAAUUUGUACGUCUUCAUGGAAGAGUAGCUAAGCAACCCAAAAAAAUUAAUACUGACAAUUUUAUAUUUUGUAUGUUUUUUUUUUAAUUAUUGAAUGAUGAAAAGGAUAGAAAUUUUUUGAGAUAAUGUGAAAUAUUUGAGAUAAUUCAUAUA